AUCAGUAAGCCCUCAUAUGAGACUGUCCCGCUCUCUGCAUGUGUCUUUGUCGACAGGAACAGAGAUAGCGAGGCUUUGCUCAUUGUAGUAUUGAUGAGUACAGAGUUCAUGCAGUGUUUAGCUACCAUCAUAGAUGUAACGGACUGAAAGAUACUGACGGCAAUAAUAAUUGACAUUUCUUGAGGGAUUGUGAACCAUGACUAGCACCUAUUCUACGUUCAGUAUCAAUGGCAGUGACAACUCUACCACUGUGGACUAUACCUACCCCGACUACUAUGACCCUGACUAUGAGGUUUAUGGACCAUGCAAGUAUGAGAGACACAGUGCUGUUUUCCUGCCUGUCUUUUAUUCCCUGCUCUUCGUGUUCGGGGUGACCAGCAAUGGCCUCGUCUUGUGGGUCAUGCUGAUGUCCGUGAAGCUGAUGAGCAUCACCGACAUCUGUCUCCUGAACCUGGCUGUGGCGGAUCUUCUGCUGCUUAUCACCCUGCCCUUCCUGGCCCACUACUCGAGAGCGGACUGGGUCUUUGGUCGUGGCAUGUGCAAAGUCAGCAUGAGCAGCUACUACAUUGGGUUUAAUGGCAGCAUCUUCUUCAUCGUAAUCAUGAGCAUCGACCGCUAUCUGGCUGUAGUUCAUGCUGUGAGUUCCCUCAAAACCAGAACACGCAAAUAUCAAACCAUCAUGAUUGGCAUAACCUGGAUUGUAGGAAUUUUGGCUUCAUUUCCUGAAAUAACGCUCAUUGAUGUUCAUUCAGAAAAUGGCACAAGCUUGUGUGAAGUUGGUUAUCAUAAUGAGUCACACUGGAGAGCAUUUGGCCUGUUUAAAAUGAAUGUGACUAGCCUUCUGAUUCCAUUCUUCAUCAUGGUGUUUUGCUACUCGAUGAUCCUGAGGAGAAUACUCCUCUGUAAGUCAAAAAGCAGGAACACCAUACACCUCGUGGUGGUGGUGGUCAUGGUGUUCUUCUUUUGCUGGACCCCCUACAACAUCGCAUCAUUCUUCAAGGCACUAGAAGUACUCGGUAUCUACACAGCAUGUGAAUCCAGCAGAGCCAUUCAGUUGAGCCUGCAGGUGACGGAGGCUGUAGCCUACUCCCACACCUGCUUGAAUCCCAUCAUUUAUGUCUUUGUGGGCCAGAAGUUCAGGAGGCACCUGUUUAAACUCAUGAACAGAAUGCCAUGCAUGUAUAAUAAGUUUAUGAUUUCCACAGUUACACCACAGCUAUCCCAGACAAGCAAGACUGAACGGUCCAGUACAAAUAUGAAUGUCACUUACGUUUAAAUGAAUUUGAUAUUAUUGUUAAUGUUGUUGUUGUUUUUCUUCUUAUUAUUAUUGUUAUUAUCAAUUAUUAUUACAGUUCUAACAUAUUCAUGUCAUAUUGUUACUACUCAUAUAUUUUAAUUCCAGUAUAACCCUGUUCUUUACUUAAAUGGUAAGAAAUAAUUUCAGUUUUCUGCAUAAUGGAAAACUAGAUUUUACUGUGUUCAUUAAGAACGUCCAUAAAAUUCCUCCUCAUUAAAUAAAAAACU